AUGGCUCCUGUCGACGUUCUGGUGGCGUCUCCCGUGAACGGAAUGGUGGGGCUCGAGAUGUGCUCGGCCACGCCGCCUGGACACUGCAAGUCGCCACGCACACCGCGGUUACUGCAUCGCUCUGGGAUCCGUGCGCUCGAGCAGAUUGCAGUCGAAGCAGCAGUUCAAGGUGACACGAAUGUGAUUCAAGGAACCACCAGAGCUCUGGCAGACGUGAAGACGAGCUUUGACGGGUCGAGUUGCGAUGGGAUUGAGUCAUCAACUACAGCCUCGCGCAAACGACAGUCUUUGUCACCUACAACGUCCGCUGGUACAUUAGACAGUGAAGGGUCUGAGACAAGUCUGGACGAGCUUGAAGACUUGCACCCAUCCCAGCGGCUGAUGGAAGAGGUUGAGGUGAAGCCACUUACGCUCCCAUCUACGUGCGGAGCGAUGAAGACCCGAGAACAAAAACGACGCAAAGUUGAGAACGCGCUCAAGAGGUUUCACAAAGAGGAGACCAAGACUCAGCGCUGUGUCGAGUAUACGACCAUCUGCCACCCGAAAUGCAGCGAUGAAACCACAGGUGAAAACACGCGGCGAAAGGCUGCCAAGAUGCGCGUGCAAGUUGGCGUGUCGCUUGCUCAAGGUGCCCGGCCGUACAUGGAAGAUCGAUAUUCGGUGGUAGAGCGUUUGUCUGAAAGCGAAAUGGACAGCGAGUCGUCUCCCAGCCUGCUGGCGGUGUACGAUGGUCACAACGGUGCGUACGCGUCGGAGUAUGCCCGUCGUCGAUUUAAGGUCUUGCUUGGAGAGAAUGAAGACCUCAUGCAGAUUAGCCGACGCGCACGGCACGCUAAGCUGACAGAAGUCGACGUGGAGAAUAUUCGCAACCUCUUGGCUGACGCUUUUGCGACGGUAGAUGCUGAGAUUCUCCAUCGCACCGUCAUUUUAAACAAGCGUGAUGGGUCGACGGUGUUGCUGGGACUAUUGGUCGGCGGUAAGCUAUUUGUUGCAAAUAUUGGAGACUCGCGCGGUGUGUUGGCUCAGUCGGAGAACAGCAGCGGUGCAAGUAAAGGAGAAGGCGAAAGAGGUGUAGCAAGUGCUGUACGUCUCUCCGUUGAUCACAAACCGGAUCUGAAGGAGGAGACAGAUCGCGUGGAAGAGGCAGGAGGUAAGGUCAUCUUCUCUGGGUGCUGGCGUGUAGCCCACGAUCAAAUCUCGCUACGUCUGGCUAUCAGUCGGUCGCUGGGAGACCAUCCACUAAAGAUGAACCUGCCGUCGUCGUGUUCAGCUCCGCUCGUGUCUGUGGUCCCUGAUGUCCGUGUUUUCAAUGUGGAAGCAGCAGGCGAGUACCUCGUGUUUGCAAGCGACGGUCUCUGGGACCGUUUGAGCGACGAUGAUGCUGCCAAAAUCGUGCGGACAAAGGUGGCCGAGUACCACUGGUCAGGGGAACGCACAAGUCCCGACAGUGUAAAAAAGGAGGCGCUACAAUUUGCAGCUGAUGCUCUUGUGGAGGCUGCCCUGCUCAAGCGCAGCAUGGACAAUAUUACGGCUAUGGUUGUCUCCUUUUCCGAGUUGCGCGACAAAUAG